AUGAAGUUCCACGUUCUCUCCGGUCUCGUCGCCCAGGUGCUGUCUGUCUCGGCAGGCACCAUCCUGUGGGAUGGCCGCUUCAACGACAUGACCUCGUCUGCCGAUCUGAACAAGUGGUCCUGGGGCAACCAGGUUGGCCCAUACCAGUACUACAUCCACGGGUCUUCUCCUGUGUCGGCCUAUGUCAACCUCUCGCCCGACUACAAGAACCCAGCCGACACUGGUUCCAGGCAGGGAGCCAAGAUCACGCUCGAUAACACGGCCUACUGGAACGGCCAGAACAUGCGCCGCACCGAGCUGAUCCCCCAGACCACCGCUGCCAUCAACCAAGGCAAGGUCUACUACCACUUCUCCCUGAUGAGAAAGGACAUCAACGCCCCGGCCACCACCAGGGAGCACCAGAUCGCUUUCUUCGAAAGCCACUUCACCGAGCUCAAGUCCGGUUGGCUCUCGGGCGCCCCUGGCAUCUCGGACACUCUGCUUAGGUGGUGCAUCGACUUUGCUGCCGGCACCGUCGGUUUCUGGCACUCUACCGGCAGCGACCCCCUGACCAGAAAGGUGGCCCCCGUCAAGACCAGCACCAGCUCCAACGGCGCCGACUGGCAUGUUGGUGUCUUGGAGCUCCCGAGAAGCGGCUACCCUGAUUCCAACGAGGACUUUUACUGGUCCGGCGUGUAUAUUGAGAGCGGCAGUUUGACCACCUCGGUCGCCGGUCCUGGCCAACCCAUCCCCGGUGACGGUGGCUCCUCCAGCAGCAGCAGCAGCAGCAGUGUCCCCAGCAGCACAAGCACCAGAGUCAGCAGCACCUCCACCCCGGCCCCCGUUUCCUCUACCACGCUCGUCACCUCCACCACCCGCGUCUCCUCCACCAGCACCAGCUCUGCCGCACCCGUUCAGACCACCCCCAGCGGUUGCACCGCCGGCCAGUACGCCCAGUGCGACGGCAUUGGCUUCAGCGGUUGCAAGACUUGCGCUGCCCCCUACACCUGCAAGUACGGAAACGACUGGUACUCCCAGUGCUUGUAA